AUGAACGAUUCGUCAUCCAGCUACACUCCGGAAUCGGAUUCCGGUGGAAAAAUGGACAAAACCGAAGCGCAGCAUCGUCUGGCUACAAUCAAACAAGGAUCAGAAGAUGUCAGCAAGUUCUUUGAUAGAUGCCGUCAUUUGGUGGAAAUCGUGAACGAGAAACCAAUCGAUAAAAGUACAGACUCCUACCUUCAAGCAGUUUUCAUGAAUGGAUUAGACGAAAAAACUCGAAAAUUGAUCCAAUUGGCUAAUGCCACCGAUGCAUUCUCCGCCAGAAAAAUUGCGAUCCAAGAAGAAAUUUUCAGUAGCGCGCGAAUGAUUCAACCAGGAAUUGAAGAGGAUCGAAUCCAUAAAAUCGAAAUUUUGAAUUAUCUGGAAUGGGAUAAGCUUCGAGAGCUAGAUGGAAAAUUCAGCUAUAUGUAUAAAGAAAUGCAUCAAAUGAAGAAAGACGUCACUGAUAUCAAAGGAAUGCUAACCCAGCUUCUGGAAAAUACACAGAAGGAAAAGGAAGAGACACCGGUGGCAGUAAUUAAUCAUCCAGUUGAAAAAGAAGCAGAAGUUCUGAUCAAGAUAAAUGAAAUCAAAGAGAUCAACGAGACCAUCACCGCUAAACUAGAACCACUUGAGACAAUCGCAAAAGCUUCUGCCCAUAGUUAUGAAUGGAUUCGUCAAGUUUGGAAAGAUGUUAACAGGACCUCUCAGCAAACUCAUUCAAAAGUGAAACUUCCAUUGAUUCUUGGUUCUCCAUCUGGAACCCCUUCUCCAAUCCUAUCUUCUGGAAAACGUUCAUCGAGUUCUGUUGAAGAGACUCCAUCGGAACCAAAAAGAUUACGAAUGGAGGAAUCCAAAGCUUUGGCUUACAUCAAACCCCAUAUUCCAGAUGGAUACUUCAUCAAACUGCUUCAAGGAGAUCUACCAGUGAAAUUGGAUGAACUUUACAAAAUCUAUUAUGACCGUUCGAAACAAAUUUCCAAUUGGAUGGGACCAAAAGAGACACCUCCAUUCAAUAAAAUCUGUCCAUUCUGCCACAAACGCGAUCAUCAUUCCUACGAGUGUGAUAAAGUGAUAAGCGUCGACGAUAGAAGACAAAUGAUAAAAGACCAAAACUCUUGCAUGGAGUGUUCAAAACAUCACAGAAACAAGUGCACAUUGAUUCUCUCGUGCCCAAUUUGCACCAAAGCAAGAGACACCAAUUAA